AUGAUUCAGACUCUAGAUGGGAUGUUUGCUAAAAAUAGCAGUACUGCUAGACAAGCAGCUAUAGGGGCAUUAAUGAACACUCGCAUGACUGGAGGAAGUGUGCAGGACCAUUGUUUAAAGAUGAUGGCGCACAUCAGUACUGCGGAAGUGAUGGGGGCUAAGCUGGAACAAGAGAUGAAGAUAGACAUGAUAUUGGAAUCUCUACUGAAUAGCUUUAGUCAGUUCAAAAUGAACUAUAAUAUGAACAAACUAAAGCUUACUCCUGUUGAAUCGAUGCAUGAGCUUGAGAGUGCUGAAAGGUCUCUCGGGAAGCAAGAAAGUGCUUAUCAUGCUGAAAGUUCUUCAAAGCCUAAAGGGAAGCCUAAGGGUGGAAAGAAGAACAAGAAGCAGAACAGAACAGGUCCAGCUGUCAAACCGGCUGCAAUGAAGAAGCCGAAAGGCAAGUGUUUCAAGUGUGGACAGAAAGGUCACUAG